UACCAGUGAGUUUACUAUCAUCCUUUAAAAUUAUAUCUAGAGGUCAUUGCUUCUACUUAUGGAACCAAUAAUACUGCUACUGAUAGACUAAUAGUAGUAUUGCGACUAGCUAGCAAUAUAAUGGCAGGAUCCAAGCCUUCGACCUCCAACUACACCUCGGUACAAUGGUCACAACCAUGUCGUCAAAUAGACUAUCCUGAAAUUCUUUUAGCAACCGAAAACUUUAACGAAUCAUUAGUAAUUGGGUGCGGUGGUUUUGGAAAUGUUUACAAAGGCAACAUCAACAAUGGAUCAAAGCUAGUUGUUGCUGCCAUUAAACGUUUGGAUUCUAUGUCUAACCAAGGGGAAACCGAGUUCUGGGCUGAAGUUGAAAUGCUAUCCAAGUUACGUCAUGCUUAUCUAGUGUCUUUGAUUGGUUAUUGUAGUUACGAAAAAGAGUUUAUCCUUGUCUAUGAAUAUAUGCCCAAUGGAGCAUUGGGUGAUCAUCUUCAUAAACUUGGUACCCGUCUUUCCUGGCGUCAACGACUCUGGAUCUGCAUUGGUGCUGGUCGUGGGUUAGACUACCUCCAUACUGGUACAGGAAUUGAGUUUGGGGUUAUACAUCGUGAUGUGAAGAGCUCAAAUAUUUUACUAAAUGAAAGGUGGGCGGCUAAAGUUUCAGAUUUCGGGUUGUCAAAGAUAAGCCCAGCAAAUCAACCAUCAACUUAUGUUAAUACUCUUAUUAAAGGCACUUUUGGGUAUGUUGAUCCAAAUUACUUCGCUACUGGUAAAUUAACAAGGAAAUCCGAUGUAUAUGCGUUUGGGGUGGUAUUGUUGGAAAUAUUGUGUCGUAAAAGACCACUUGAUCCAAGUCUUGAUUUGGGAUUCGCAACAUGGGCUCAAGAUUCCAUCAAAGAAGGUAAUUUGAAGAACAUAAUUGACUAUGAUAUAAAGAGUCAGAUAUCCCCAAAAUGUUUGAAGGAGUUUGUCCGAAUAACUCAGAGAUGUUUGGAUAACCAUCCAAAGAACCGUCCUACCAUGGGUGAGGUUGUUGUCGGUCUUGAAUCUAUAUUGACCUUACAGGAGAAAAUCGACAAUUCAUUGCAAACCACAGGCAAAACAUUAUUCGGUAGAAUGAUUGAUAUGUUUCCCUUCCCCUCCAAACCUGAGAACUCUGAUAUUAUAAUCUCUUCAAGGGUCAAUGAGGCAGGUGACUCUCCGUUUAUUCACCUAGCCAUGGCCCGGUUCCUGCAUGACAUGGAAAGAGAAAAGCCCACUCAGUUUACCUCUCAGCAGUUAAGAAUAGCAACAGACAACUUUACAAUCAAACUAGGUUCAGGUGGGUUUGGGGCUGUUUACAAGGGUAUCAUUGGUAACAACACACUUGUAGCAGUGAAAGUACUAAAUGGGACUUCCGACGAGAGCAUUAUUGAGCAACAAUUCAUAGCUGAAAUGAGCACAAUGGGAAGAACCUAUCACUUUAAUCUGGUUAGGCUAUAUGGAUUUUGCUUUGAGUCAAAUUUAAGAGCUCUUGUAUACGAGUUUAUGGUAAAUGGCUCUUUGGAUCACUAUUUGUUUAAACCGGAGAAAAAAACAGUUAUAGGGUUUGAGAAGCUCCAUGAAAUUGCAUUGGGGACGGCAAGAGGUCUAACAUACUUGCACGAAGAAUGUCCUCAAAGAAUAGUCCACUAUGAUAUCAAACCAGGGAACAUACUCUUGGAUUCAAAUUUUUGUGCUAAAGUAGCCGAUUUUGGUUUAGCCGAACUAUGCAACAGGGAUAGUUCUUACACAACUAUGGCCGGAGGAAGGGGUACCCCUGGCUAUGCAGCACCCGAGCUAUGGAUGGAUCUCCCCGUCACACACAAAUGUGAUGUAUAUAGUUUCGGGAUGCUACUUUUUGAGAUCAUUGGUAGGAGAAACAACAUGGAUACGAGCCUUGGUAAUAGCCAAGAAUGGUUUCCUGUAUGGACAUGGGGCAAAUAUGAAAAGAAACAAUUGGAGGAUUUGAUGAUAGCUUGUCAGAUUGCAAAAGAGGACGAAGAAGUUGCGGAGAGGAUGAUUAAGGUGGCUCUUUGUUGUGUUCAGUAUAAGCCCGAGGCUAGGCCUCUGAUGAGCAUCGUUGUGCAAAUGUUGGAAGGGACUUUACAGGUUCCGGAGCCUCCAAAUCCUUUUACACAUAUAAUUUCAGGUGAUAGUGAGGCAGGCGAUUCUUUUACGCAAAUGGCAUUGAAUUUUGAAAACUCAGAUUGGUCUUCAUCCGAAGAAACAUGAGAUCACAUUUGCAUCGGUGUAAUCACAUUGGCUCAAAUGGCAUGGAAUGUUGGUGGCCUAGAUUGGUCUUCAUCCGAAGCAGUUCACAAAUCGACUGUAGUUCACAAAUCUGAAUAGUCGUACAGAAUGAAAGGUGAGUUUAUUUUGAUGUAUA